AUGGCCCGUGGAAACCAGCGUGAGAAGGCCCGCGAGAAGACCCAGAAGGAAGCAGCUCAACAGAAAAAGAAAAAUACCCAGUCUGGCACCGAGUUUGCUCGGACAAAGGAGGCCCAGGCAGCCAUUAUGCGCCAGAAGCAAGAAGCUGGUAUGUCUCCUUCGAUUCCAACAUGCUUGCUGAAACAUGCAAUAUAUCAGAUUGAUCCUAUCUCGAACCAUGUGUUAUAUCCUGAUUAUCAUUAUAAUCUACCACUGUUUGUACCUCUCUCAAUCCUCUAUUAG